CCCUCGACAGCUCUAACCUGUCCUAGACAGGAAGCCGUGUUCUAGACCUGUAAACAGGAGGACUCGGAAAAAAAAAACUCACCCAUAGAAAUUAUGGAAACUUACUUUGACGAUAGUAGUUAUAUAAAUUAAAAGCGGGAUGAGUGACUAUAGACUACGCAAACAGCACAAUAACCAACUUGUUGCACUAACGAGCAGGGGCGAUUUCACAAUCACUCAGUCGCAGCGAGUGUCGUGUUUGAGAAGUAAUCGAACUUGCGCGGAUUACCAGCAAGAUAUCAUCGAGCUUUGAUAAUGUGUUAAUUUAGCAGAGAGUGGAAAUAAAUCGUCUAAAUGAACUAAAACAGGAGACAAACAGGAGGAAACAGUGUGGAUAUCGUUUCCUUUAUUGUGAGGGUUCAUUUUUAAAUUUCCCUCCCUUUUUAAGUCGGAGCGGAGGAGACGGGCACCAGAGUACUUUGCAACCCGGCAGCCUGAACUCAGGCCUUGGGGUCUCACGUCUGAGUUUUCCCCGCAGGAAGGGAUACAAAGAAAAACACAUUUUCGUCAUUUUCAAACGCGUAAGAAGACUGGGGAUUAUCAGGCGAAGAUUGCUUCGGGUUGAGUGUUUGUUGCCCUGUCUCAGUGGGAUUACAGCGGCAGAAUGGAACCGCACUCCGGGAACUCGGCAUCUGCCGGGGUGUCGAAGAGUGGAAAGGAUAAAAAGUCCAAGAAACAUCUAGAAGAUGGGGACGGAAAAAAGAAAUUCACUCUCAAACGGCUGAUUCCAGACGAGCUGGAGCGCUUCACCAGCAUGCGGAUGAAGAAGGACAAGGAGAAGCCCCACGUGCAGGGCCAGCGCCACUCCUCGGCGGCAGCGCUGUACGAGGUGCCCAGCCCCACCAUGCUGCACGACCACCCCGACGACUACGUGCUGGAGCUCUUCGAGCAGAUGCUGGUGGACAUGAAUCUCAACGAGGAGAAGCAGCAGCCUCUUCGAGCGAAAGAUAUCACCAUUAAGAGAGAGAUGGUGUCCCAGUACCUGCACACAUCUAAAGCAGGCCAGAGUCAGAAGGAGAGCUCCAAGUCAGCAGUGAUGUACAUUCAGGAGCUGAAGACAGAGCCCAGAGACAUGCAGCUACUUGGCUGUCUGGAGUCGCUAAGAGUGUCUCUCAACAACAACCCUGUCAGCUGGGUGCAGACAUUUGGGGGCGAGGGACUCGCCCUUCUCCUGAAUUUCCUGAAGAGGCUGCAGGAUGACAAGGAAGAGCUCUCGAGUCAGGGGAUCGGGGUCCGGUGUCAGCACGAGAUCAUCCGCUGCCUCAAGGCCUUCAUGAACAACAAGUAUGGGCUGAAGGCCAUGCUGACCUCGUCGGAGGGAAUCCCCUUAUUGGUGAGAGCCAUCAACCCCCGCGUGCCCCACAUGAUGGUGGACGCCGUCAAGCUCCUGUCGGUCAUCUGCAUCCUGGAGGACCCGGAAGACCUUCACGAGCGCGUGCUGGAGGCCCUGACGGUUCAAGGCGAGGAGCAGGAGAUCGAGCGCUUCCAGCCUCUGCUCUCCGGCAUGCACAAACCCAAUAUCGCCCUGAAGGCGGCCUGCAUGCAGCUCAUCAAUGCCCUGAUCAGUAGAGGAGAGGAGCUGGACUUCAGAAUCCACCUGCGCUCGGAGCUGAUGAGGCUGGGCCUGAGGGAGCAGCUGACCGAGGUUCGCUCCAUCGAGAACGACGAGCUGAAGGUCCAGCUGUCUGUGUUUGACGAUCAGGCGGAGGACGACUCCGAAGACCUGAGGGCCCGGCUGGAGGACGUGCGCAUUGAGAUGGAUGAUGUGGCCGAGGUCUUCCAGAUCCUCAUGAACACGGUGAAAGACUCUAAAGCAGAGACGCACUUCCUGUCGCUCAUGCAACACCUGCUCCUCGUCCGCAACGACUACCUGGCCAGGCCUCAGUACUACAAGCUGAUUGACGAGUGUGUGGGUCAGAUCGUCCUGCACAGAAAUGGCACCGACCCGGACUUCAAGUGCAAGCACGUCAAACUGGACAUCGAAGGGUUAAUCGACAACAUGGUGGACCAGACCAAAGUGGAGACCAGCGAGGCCAAGGCCGCGGAGCUGGAGAAGAAGCUGGAUGCGGAGCUGACGGCCCGUCACGAGCUGCAGGUGGAGCUGCGGAAGAUGGAGGGGGACUACGAGCAGAAGGUGCUGGACCUGAGCGCAGACAAGGACGUGCUGGGCAAGGAGAAGGCGGAGAAAGAGAAGGAGAUCCAGACCCUGCUGAGCGACAUCAACCGCCUCAAAGAGCAGAUCUCUGACCCUCGCGUGAGAAACCGCAUUAGCAGCUCGUGGAGUCGGGGGAAUUUUGGGAGGGCCCCGAGGUGCCGGUGCCCGGCGGGACGUUUCCUCACGUCCCCGAUUCGGGCCCUUAAUGAGAUCGCCUCGCCGUCUCCUCGCUGGGUCCCUCCGCCCUCGUCCGCCCCGCCAAGCGACUCUGGGCUGUUCUCUCCCCUGCCCCCUCUGGCCGGGUCGGGCCGCGGCGGAAACGGCUCUGUUUCCCGCUCUUUAUCCCGCCAGCUUUCGGCCCGGAGGACGCGCCCAACCAUUCGCUUUCACUGCCGCUUUGUCGGUCGCCUGCGGCAACCCGGCCCGAAACAAACGACCCGAGUACGAAUCAGCGACGUCGAGCAGCUCUGCGUUUCGGGAUCGGAGGGGGGGGCGCCGCGAUUGGGCUCGGUGACGGGCCCGGUUUCCGCGGCGGCGUUAACGAUGCAGCCGGGCGCGCGCCCCGGCCCCUCUGAGGGUGCUCGUUUGCGGCUGUUUCGGCAGCCCGGCCCGCGGACGGCACGCCCUCGCACCUUUCAUAUUUAA